AUGCCAGGUUGCACCGACUUGAAAGGCGAAACGACGAUCGUCGUUCUCGGCGCCUCGGGCGAUCUUGCAAAGAAAAAGACGUUCCCCUCUUUGCUGCGCCUGUUCUUGCACGGCAACCUGCCCAAGGACACGUUCAUUUUCGGCUAUGCCCGCACCAAGAUGGAUGAAAAGGAGUUCCACGAGCGCAUCGUGCCCAAUCUCAAGGCCAGCGAUGAAGAGAUCAAGCGCUUCCUGGAGAUCUGUAAAUACAUCCCGGGCGCCUACGACGAGGACGAGGCUUUCGAGAACCUUACCAAGGAGAUCGAAAAGUUUGAAAAGCAGCGGGGCGGCAGCAAGCACAACCGCAUCUUUUACAUGGCGCUCCCGCCGAACGUGUUUUCGCCGGUGUCGGCGCACCUGAAGCGGAACUGCUACUCCUCGUCGGGCGUGAACCGCGUGGUGGUCGAGAAGCCGUUCGGCAAGGACCUCGAGAGCUGCCAGAAGCUCAUUGCCGAAAUGAAGGAAAAGUGGUCCGAGCAGGAGACGUUCCGUAUCGAUCACUACCUCGGCAAGGAGAUGGUCAAGAACAUCUUGCCUUUCCGUUUCUCUAACCCGGUGGUGAAUGCGUCGCUGAACAACAAGCUCGUGGACAAUGUCCAGAUCACGUUCAAGGAGCCGUUUGGUACCGAAGGCCGCGGCGGCUACUUUGACGAGUUUGGCAUCAUCCGCGACAUCCAGCAGAACCACCUCUGCCAGAUGUUUUGUCUCCUGGCGAUGGACGAGCCGGAGGACUUUACCGCCGAGUCGAUUCGCGACAAGAAGGUGAAGCUCCUCAAGGAGACGCGGCCGAUCUCGACCGAUCAGGUGCUCAUCGGCCAGUACUCGGCCGCGAACGGCAAGCCAGGCUACAAGGAUGACGAUACCGUGCCAAAGGACAGCAACACGCCCACGUUUGCUGCCGUUGUCCUGUACGUGGACAACGAGCGGUGGAAGGACGUGCCUUUCAUCAUCAAGGCCGGCAAGGCGCUGGACGAGGGCAAGGUGGAUGUCCGUGUGCAGUACAAAGAGCCCACACAGCAAAUGCUCCGCUCCGUCGCACGCGACGAACUCGUGAUCCGCGUCCAGCCGGACGAGGCCAUCUACUUUAAGAGCAACACCAAGCUCCCGGGCCAGGGAGAUGCGAGUGUGCCGGUGGAGCUGGAUCUUACUUACUCGAAGCGCUUCAAGGAUGCCUACAUCCCAGAGGCCUACGAGGCGCUGAUCCACGACUGCAUCCGCGGCGAGCACUCCAACUUUGUGCGCGACGACGAGCUGGAGGCUAGCUGGGCCAUCUUCACGCCGCUCCUCCACGCAAUCGACAACGGCAAGGUGGCUAGCACCACGUACCCGUACGGCUCGCGUGGGCCCGAGAAGUUGGACGAGUUCUUGACCAAGUUUGGAUACAAGUUCGCCGAAAACUACCAGUGGCCCGUCACCAACGUCGCGGACAUCGCGGCCAAGGUGUAG